UCCUUGAACAUAAACACUUCAGAGAUGGGAAGGAAACCUUGCUGUGACAAGGUUGGCUUAAAGAAGGGUCCAUGGACAAUUGAAGAAGACAAGAAGUUAAUUAACUUCAUCCUCAACAAUGGCCAAUGCUGUUGGAGAGCAGUUCCUAAGCUUGCAGGAUUGUUAAGAUGUGGAAAGAGUUGUAGAUUGCGAUGGAUAAACUAUCUUAGGCCCGAUCUUAAAAGAGGUCUUCUAUCGGAAACUGAAGAGAAGUUGGUCAUUCAACUCCAUUCCCAGCUUGGAAACAGAUGGUCAAAGAUAGCUUCUUAUUUACCUGGAAGAACUGAUAAUGAAAUUAAGAAUCAUUGGAAUACUCAUAUUAAGAAGAAGUUGAAGAAGAUGGGAAUUGAUGCUGUCACUCAUAAGCCACUUCUUCCUUCCAUGAAUGAGGAUCAACAACUUAAUGAACAGCCUCAAAAACAGAAAAUGGAUGAAAAUGAUGGAUCAGAGAUUGAGUUUGGCAUAGAUGAAGUACCCUUAAUCCAACCCCAUGAAAUUCUCAACUCAUUAUCAUCUUCAUCUUCAUAUUCACCAUCAUCAUCAUCAUCCACAACAUGUUUAUCAUUAAACAACAAAACUCUUGGACAACCUAUUGAUGAUCAGCUCUUAUCUUUUGAUUGGGAGAAUUUUUGGGGUGAUGAUUAUAAUUUCAGUCUGGAUCUUUUGAUUGAUGAGAAUUCUCUUUUUGAGAAGUAAAAUUCUUUUCAUUAAUCCAUGAAAAACAUGAUAUUAAACCAUUAAAAAAAUUAAACAUUACAGUAUAGAACAAGUUGUGACAAGGAUUGGUACCUGUAAAUGUGAACAUUAUGUGUGACAAGAAUUUAGGUUUUGAUUUUAAACCUCAUUUGUUAACUGCGACAUUUAUUUCAUCAAGAAAGAUCCUUGCAAACAGGAACUACUUUUAGGAUUUCUACAUUGGAUUAAAUAAAUUAUAAAUCAAUUUCAGUAUGUUUGAAUAUUGUAUUUGUCAUUUAAUUUUAUCUUUAGAGAAAACAUCUAAUAAAUGAAUUAGUAUCCAUAUGUUUAAUCUAG